CUGUACAGUGUAUCUAUCAUAGUGGAAUAAUCCCUGAUCCGGAAGACUGCAGAAAAUAUAUUCUCUGCCAAGAUGGCAUUGGAUAUGUAAUUCCCUGCCCUCCUGGUCAAGCAUAUGUAAGUGGAAAUAACUGCACUGAAGCAAAAUAUUGCGAUCGGUUUGAAAAGGCAACUUUCACUGCAAGUAAAGGACUGAAAGAAGGGGACAUGAAAGUAAAGGAUCUUGAUGUCUGUCUGGAACCUCCAAGCAUCGGAUCCUGUAAAAACAAUCUGCGGAGGCACUAUUUUGAUAUAAACACUUUCGAAUGCCGAGAGUUCGUCUACAGUGGAUGUGAAGGCAACAAAAAUAAUUUCGAAAGCAAGAGAGAAUGCCAACUGAGAUGUGACCCCAGAAUGGGUCCUGACGAAGAGGAAAAGCCUCGCUCUGACAACAUCUGCGUUACAGAUGGAAUAUUUCCAAACGAGAAUGACUGCGGAAGCUACAAUCAGUGCGCGAAUGGACAAUUAUACACAAUGAAAUGCCCAGAGGGUCUUCAUUUCAGCGCAGAACUUAAGAGAUGCGAAUACCCGUGCACUGCUGGAUGUAGCCCCCUUUAUCUUUUCGAAGUUUGCAAUCCACAAGCAGGGCAGACGGAGGUAAAGUGUCACGAAGAUGGACUUCUUCCUCAUCCUGAUAACUGCAGUCGCUUCAUAGAAUGUUCUAAAGGACAGUCUCGAACCAAGGAAUGUCGAUUAGGACAUCAUUUCAGUGAGACACAAAGGCGUUGUGUGGAUGCUUGUAAAGCUAAGUGUGAUUUAAGGCUUCAUAUUUAUGGUAAUGGUAAUAUUUAUGGUAAUGGUAAUAUUUAUGGUAAUG